UUCCAUGUUUUGGAGGAAGUGAAACUAGUGUUAGCUAGUUAGCUAACAAACCGCUUUGUUUGUGCACCUAGAACAGUGCUUCUAACUUAUAUAAGUUAUGUGGAUACGUCUUCAGUGCAAGUACUUAUUGUAGCGUUGGAACUAAUGGAUUUAGUUACCUAGUUAGCUGUAAGCUGUCUCAAAUUAGCCCCAUGCUAGGCGAGCUAAUGUCAACAGCACAGAGCAGUUUGAGCUGCUAGGAGUUUGAACUGCUGGAGGACAGUUCAGCUAGUUCAUCAUGAAGACCAAUUCCAAGUCCUACAAGCUUGUGCUGCACAAGAAAGGUUUUGGUGGAAGCGAUGAUGAGUUGGUUGUCAACCCAAAAGUUUUCCCUCAAGUCAGUCUGGGGGACAUAAUUGAGAUCGCACAUCCCACAGACGAAUACAGCCCUCUCUUGCUGCAAGUGAAGAGCUUAAAAGAGGAUCUGCAGAAAGAGACGAUCAGUGUGGACCAGACUGUAGCACAAGCCUUCAAGCUGCGUGCUUACCAGGAUGUUACCGUUAACAUUGUUGACCCGAAGGAUGUAACGCUGGACCUGGUGGAGCUGACGUUCAAGGACCAGUACAUCGGCAGAGGAGACAUGUGGAGGCUGAAGAAGAGUCUGGUGAGCACAUGUGCUUAUGUGACCCAGAAGGUGGAGUUUGCAGGAAUCAGAGCUCAGGCCAGUGAACUCUGGGUGAAGGGAGAGAAAGUGACCUGUGGGUACAUCAGUGAAGAUACCAGGGUGGUGUUCAGAUCCACGUCUGCCAUGGUCUACAUCUUCAUCCAGAUGAGCUGUGAGAUGUGGGACUUUGACAUCUAUGGUGAUCUCUACUUUGAGAAAGCUGUAAACGGUUUCCUGUCUGACCUUUUCACCAAGUGGAAGGAGAAGAACUGCAGUCAUGAGGUGACAGUUGUACUUUUCUCACGUACAUUCUACAGUGCAAAAACUAUAGAGGAAUUUCCAGAGAUUUUGAGAAGUUCGAUCAGACAGGAUCACGAGGGACGCUUCUAUGAAGACUUUUACAGGGUUGUGGCUCAGAAUGAGAGACGGGACGAGUGGACGUCAUUGCUGGUCACCAUAAAGAAGCUCUUCAUCCAGUAUCCUGUGCUGGUGCGACUGAAAGAAGCAGAUGGUUUUCCUGUGGGUUAUAACUCCACUGCUGCUCAGGGAAACUAUCUAGAGGCCAUUAACCUUUCCUUCAAUGUGUUCGAUAAGCACUACAUCAACCGUAACUUCGACCGCACCGGCCAGAUGUCGGUGGUCAUCACACCCGGUGUCGGGGUGUUCGAAGUCGACCGUCUGCUUAUGAUUCUCACCAAGCAGCGUAUGAUUGACAACGGUAUCGGUGUGGACUUGGUGUGUAUGGGGGAGCAGCCUCUACAUGCUGUGCCAUUAUUUAAGCUACACAACAGGACGACACCCGGGGACUCUCGUGUGGGAGACGACUACAACCUGCCUCACUGGAUCAACCACAGCUUCUACACCUCCAAAAGUCAGAACUCUUGCAGCUCCUUCACCCCUCGAAUCAAACUGGCUGGUCGUAAGCUUCAUGCUGAAAAAUUCAAGAGCAGCAAAGAGCACACUCUCUGUGCACCAAAGGACUCAGACAACAGCCUGCCGAUUCAGGUGGACUACGACGCCUACGAUGCUCAGGUGUUUCGACUUCCAGGUCCUUCACGAAUUCAGAGGAGCACCAACUUUAGGAUGGGUCGAGAUAAAGAAACAAGCGGGAGGAAGAGCUGGGGCUCGGUGGACGUCAGCGCAGGCAUCGGCGCCUCCCCUCCUGUUCGUUCAGGAGGUCCUGAGGAGCAGCGUAGCCUGGCCUCUGAUGAUAGUCUGGGUCCUGUGUCCAACAUGCUGCUGAUCCCCCGCAUGCCUCCUGCUCAGUAUGAAGUCAGCAGCUCUUUGGGAUACACCAGCACCAGAGAGUUAUUAGAGAAGAUGAUGGACUCUCAGCGGGACUCCAGCGCCCCGGGCAGGUUCACUGUGGGCAGUGCUGAGUCCACCCUGCACAUCCGUCCAGGAGGCUACACCCCUCAGAGAGCGCUCAUUAACCCCUUCACCCCAUCCAGGAUGCCCAUGAAGCUCACCUCCAACCGCCGGCGCUGGAUGCACACCUUCCCUGUCGGUCCCUCUGGGGAGGCCAUCCAGAUCCAUCACCAGACCAGACAGAACAUGGCUGAACUGCAGGGCAGCCAGCAGAGAGAUCCGGCCCACACCUCCGCCGAGCUGCUGGAGCUGGCCUACCACGAGGCCACCGGGAGGCGAACGACCUCCAGGCACGCAGGAGAGAACGGCCUUUACAUCGGUGGAGGGAUGGAGGAGUUCCAUGGAAGCCCAAGCAGCAGCAACAGUGGAACUCUCACCAACCGUGGCUCCUCAUUUCAAGACUUUUCUGCUGGCGGUACCGAUCCAACCCUGCUGCUGUCUGCGCCCCCGACAGUGCCCAGCUUCUGCUGCACGGUGGGGGUGGACUGGAAGUCUCUGACCACACCGGCCUGCCUCCCCCUCACCACCGACUACUUCCCCGACCGCCAGACGCUGCAGAACGACUACACUGAAGGCUGCUAUGACCUGCUGCCGCACAGUGACCUGGAGAGGCGAGAAGAUGAAGCUCCAGUGAUGAGUGCAUGUCAGGUGUUUGAGGAGUUCAUCUGUCAGAGGUUGAUGCAAGGAUACCAAAUCAUUGUUCAGCCAAAUAACAGGAAAACGCAGCCGGCUGUGGCCACGCCCCUCGGCAGCAGCCCUCUUUACUCCAGAGGUCUGGUGUCUCUGCGUCGGGCAGAGGAAGAAGAGACGGUAUACUGGCUCAGCAUGGGCCGAACUUUCCAUAAAGUCUGCCUCAAAGACAAGAUAAUCACUGUGACUCGCUACCUACCAAAGUAUCCGUAUGAGUCGGCUCAGAUCCAGUACAGCUACAGCCUUUGUCCUCCGCACUCUGAUGCUCAGUUUGUUUCCUGCUGGGUGGAGUUUGGACAUGAGAGACUGGAGGAAUACAAGUGGAACUACCUGGAUCAGUACAUCUGCUCUGCCGGCUCAGAGGACUUCAGCUUGAUUGACUCGUUGAAGUUCUGGAGGACUCGCUUCCUCCUGCUGCCAGCCGGAGGGGCUCGGCGGGUGGCGGAUGGGGAGGGUCACUGGGACGUGUAUGGGGAGGGAGCUGGUGCUGGGAUGGCUGGCAGCGGGGACUGGGUCUUACUGGACGGCUUCAUUCGAUUCCUGGAAGGUCUCAACCGCAUUCGGCGACGUCAUCGAUCUGACAGGAUCAUCAGGCAGAAAGGCACACCGAUGAAAGGCCUGCAGGUGACCAGUCCUCUCCCUCCGUAUCCUACUGAACCUGUACCACCACCUCAAGGGAAGAAAGGCACAUCAGCUUUAUCAGCCCUGCUGGAGAUGGAGCAGAACCAGAAGACACUAGAAGAGCAGCAGCAGUCAAAGCCCUCAGCAGCAGUCAGUGACUCCUCAAGUGUUGCCACAGCUUCCACAUAUGUAGACAGUCCCCGCAAGGACGCUGCCUUUAUUUUGGAUUUUAUACGUAGCCCUCGCUCCUCCUACAUCUAUCACUCUCAGCUGCCUGCUGAGACCAGUGAGGCCGCUGAUAAAGGAGUUCAGUCUGGAGUCACAGCUGGAGCAGCAGCACAGCCAUCAGCAGAGACUACAGCAAACACCUCCGACACCAGGUGAGCUUUAGCUUUAUGUACAGCACAGAUACUGAUGAAUGUGUCUGUGCUGUUGUGAUACCACAGGACAGGUGUGCAGCUGCUUCCAGAGCAGAAAGGUCUUCCACUCAACUGCUUUAUCAGCGCGGAGGUUGUUCAUUGGCUGGUUAACAACGUGGAGGGCGUGGCCACACAGGGGAUGGCUGUCGAUAUCAUGCAGAAAAUGCUGGAUGAAGGCUUGGUGGCCCACGCUUCAGGAGACGCCAUGCGCAUCUUCGUCUACGGCUUCUACUUCUACAGGAUAGUAGGAGAGAAGGAUGGCCUGACCUCUCAGCUCCCCACCACAGCGGCCGGAGGCUGGUCAGCUGCAGCCCUGGAGGACUUUGCGCUGUUCCAGAGGAAGUGGUUCGAGGUGGCCUUCGUGCUGGAGGAGCGACGACCGUGCGACCUCCCGGCCUUCCUCCUGCCCUGGCUGCCCAGCCGGCCGGCCUCCUACGCAAGUAGGCACAGCUCCUUCAGCCGCAGCUUUGGAGGACGCAGCCAGGCCGCCGCUCUGCUAGCCGCUACAGUCCCAGAGCAGAAGACGGUCACGCUGGACGUGGACGUCAACAACCGCAGCGACCGAACAGAAUGGUGCAGCUGUUAUUACCACGGAAACUUCUCCCUCAACGCUGCCUUCGAGAUCAAGCUGCACUGGAUGGCUGUCACUGCUGCAGUGCUCUUUGAGAUGGUUCAAGGCUGGCACAGGAAAGCAGCCUCCUGUGGUUUCCUGUUGGUGCCUGUGCUGGAAGUUCCUUUCGCUCUGACGUCUUACCUGUACGGAGACCCACUGAGAGCCCAACUCUUCAUCCCACUCAACAUCCACUGUCUGCUCAAAAACAGCAACGACAACCUGUUUGAAGGUUUUGAACCAGAAACAUACUGGGACAGGAUGCAGCUGUUCCAGGAGGCCAUACUCUACAGAUUCGGCUUCGUGCACGACAAGUUUUCUGCUUCUACGUUUAACUUCCCGUCUGAGAACAAGCCUCAGUACAUCCAUGUAACAGGCACCGUGUUCCUGCAGCUGCCGUACUCCAAGAGAAAGUACUCGAGCGGGCAGCAGCGCCGGCGCAGGAACUCCACCACCUCCAACAGCCAGGGUCCGUUCGGCGGCGAGGAGCGGGUCGGCUACUACUGGGCCUACAACACCAUGCUGACCAAAGCCUGGAGGACCGGGGUGCUGGGCGACGAGAGGCUGGCCGACCGCCUGCUGCGAGACUUCACCGACUUCUGCGCCAACAAGGACAACAGACUGCUGAACUUCUGGGACAGCUGCCAGGAGAAAAUGAACGCCAGCGCCCCCUGACAGGAGGAGGGGGGACUGCAGGAAAACUUGACGUAGAAGAAGAAGAGGAGAGAGAACUGUGAAAAGAGUAUUUUUAACUUAUUUUUGUCCCGCAACAUGUUAAACAGUAUUUAUGCUCGUCUGAAGCACUGAGCUUGUUCAACUGGACUCUGUGAGGAGCAGAUAGACACGAUUCUAAUUCCUGCUGUUGUAUGAAACCCCAGAGCUGACUGAAGGCUGUAACAGCAACCGAACGCAUCAGAAAGUUACAUUUUUGGUUGAAUAAUUAAAAAGGAAUGUAUUGAAAGUGCAAA